GUUUCGGUGAUAUUACGGAGUGUACGAAGUUUCCAGUUUGCUGUACUGAAUCAUCAGCCUGGAGAGUUGUCCAUGGCUUUCGAGGAGUUUUGCGGAAGUCCCUUCUGGGACGGCACGCUAGAAUGGCGCGAGAGCAAUCCGGACCUGACGUUCUGCUUCCAGCGAGUGAUUUUCCAGUGGAUUCCGUGUCUGUUCCUGUUCAUUUUUUCCAUCUAUGAAAUUCACAAGUACCGAACGUCUCGGUUUCGAGACAUCCCAUGGAAUUGGUACAAUCUCAGCAAGAUGCUGAUCGUUUUUACGCUAAUGUGCAUGAAUUGGAUCGAUCUGGGUAUGGUGGUGAACUAUAAACACGAACAAGGACUGUUUGAUGUUCAAAUCGUGACCGCUGUCCUGAAUGCCGUUACCUAUUUAGCUACUCUAGCGCUCUACUUCUUCCAAAGAAAAUAUGGCAUCCGAAGCUCGGGAACAAUCUUCAUCUUCUGGUUUAUGCGACUGUUCUUCGGCAUUAUUCAACUGCGUACCGAAGUGCAGAACAAAGAAAUUCGUGGAGAGGUUUCCGGUGAUACGGUGAACUUCUGGGAGUACCAAUACAUCAGCUACAUCAUCCAGUACGCAUUCAUAUGCCUUAUUUUUGUGAUGGAAUUGUUCCCGGAUCAGGAACCGGAAUACAGUGACUUCCCGGAGACCAAACACCCCAAUCCGGAGCUGCGGUCAAGCUUUUUCGUGCGGCUGUUUUUCUUCUAUUUCGAUUCCUACACGUGGAAGGGCUUUCGGAAUCCUCUGGAGAUCGAAGAUAUGCAUGACAUCAAUCCACAGGAUGCUUCCAAGGAGUUGGUCCCGCCGUUUGAUAAAUACUGGUACGAGAGUGUGGAGAAGGGUCAUCGUAAACAGCAGGCAGCGGAUAAGAAGGCCGGGAAGCCAACGUCAGAGUUUAAACCGUAUGGACAAACAAACGGAUCCGUGCUGCCAGCUAUUGUCAAAGCCUACGGAGGCCCAUUCUGGUUUGCUGGUAUAUUUCAGUUGGCCAUUUCGGGAUUGCAAUUCGCCUCACCGUAUUUGAUGCAGGAGCUAAUGGCGUGGAUCGCUCUUCAAGGUCCAGAUUGGCAAGGAAUUAUAUUGACCUUUGGAUUGUUUGGUACUUCUAUGUUGAUUGCACUAUUGAACGGACAAUACUUUUACAACACAUUCCUCACCGGAUUCCGCAUUCGAACUGGACUUAUUAGUGGGAUCUACCGCAAAGCUCUGAGGAUAUCCAGCUCAGCGAAGAAGGAUACGACGGUGGGAGAAAUCGUAAACUUGAUGGCAGUUGACGCCCAGCGAUUCUUUGAACUCACCUCCUACCUGCAUAUUUUGUGGUCUGGACCACUAAUUAUCGCGCUCUGUUUAUACCUGCUGUAUGAAAUUCUUGGAGUGGCUGUUUUUGCUGGGUUGGCCGUGAUGAUAUUGAUGACACCGAUAUCCGGUGUUAUGGCGACACAGUUACGUGAUCUACAGGUAGAGCAAAUGAAGAUCAAGGACGACAGAGUGAAGCAAAUGAAUGAAAUUCUCGGUGGCAUCAAAGUAUUGAAACUCUACGCUUGGGAGAAGAGCUUCCAGGAUUCGAUUCUUAAGGUUCGCAGUGAAGAAAUCGGAAUACUUAAGAAGAUGGCAUACUACGGAGCGGGAGUUUAUUUCACCUUUACUAUGGCUCCAUUCCUGGUCACACUUAUUUCUUUUGCGGUGUAUGUUCUGAUGGACGAGAACAACCAUCUGGAUCCGCAGACCGCGUUUGUUUCGUUGGCUUUGUUUAAUAUUUUACGGUUUCCUCUUGGAUGGCUCCCUAUGAUGGUGACCUUCUCGAUGCAAGCUUGGGUUUCAAUUAAACGUAUCAAUAAGUUCAUGAACAGUGCCGAGCUGGACCCAAAUAAUGUUAGUCACAAGAAAAGUGAAUAUGCACUGAACAUCGAAGAUGGAACAUUUUCUUGGGGUGAUGAGGCACCUACACUGAAAUCUAUCAACCUGUCUUUAAAGAAAGGUCAAUUGUCGGCAAUUGUUGGAAGUGUUGGAACGGGUAAAAGUUCAAUCAUAUCGGCUCUGCUGGGAGAGAUGGAGAAGAUCAGCGGAUCGGUGAAUACCGAUGGAUCGAUCGCGUACGUUCCUCAGCAGGCGUGGAUCCAAAAUGCGACUCUCAAGGAAAAUAUCCUAUUUGGAAAGCGCUUCGAUCAGAAAAAGUACGACAAAGUCAUCGAGUCUUGCGCUUUGAAGCUUGAUUUAGACAUGCUCCCGGGAGGAGAUCUUACCGAAAUUGGCGAAAAGGGUAUCAAUCUUUCUGGCGGUCAGAAGCAGCGGGUUGCGCUAGCCCGGGCUGUCUACGCUGACGCUGAUACCUAUCUAUUCGAUGAUCCGCUUAGUGCCGUCGAUGCGCAUGUUGGUAAACACAUCUUCGAGAAAGUGAUUGGACCAGAUGGGAUGCUAGUGGGUAAAUCGAGAUUGCUGGUAACACAUGGUAUAUCCUUCCUACCGUUUGUGGAGGAAAUUUUCGUAGUCAAGGAUGGAGAGAUUUCAGAAAGCGGUUCCUACCAAAGGCUGCUGGAUCAGAAGGGAGCGUUUGCCGAAUUCCUUACUCAACACAUUCAAGAGUUGGAUGAAGAAGAUGAAGAAAUGAAACUGCUGCAGGAAGUGCUAACUGACGAAUCGGCCCGUCAACUCGUACAGCGGACUAUCUCAGCUCAGUCCAGCCAAUCCGAUGAACGCAAGCCAAAGAAACGAAUCAGUCGACAAGAGUCUAGGCUAAGUGCUGGUAAAGAGAAACCUACCGCAUUAGCCACCCAAGCAGAUAAAUCAACGCUCAUCGAAAAGGAAGAGUCUGCAACGGGAGCCGUAACAUUAACAGUGUACCUGAAAUACAUCAAAGCAAUCGGAUUAUCGCUCGGACUUUGGUCGAUCAUUUUUAGCGUUCUUACUCAGGGCAGCGGUAUAUACGCUAGUCUUUGGUUAACAGAUUGGUCAGAGGAUCCGAAGGCAAUCACUGAUACUUCGGUGCGAGAUGUAUACUUGGGAGUGUACGGUGCACUCGGUGGAUUCCAAUCGAUCGCACUUUUCAUCAGUUCAGUCGCUCUCGGCUUGGGUUGUCUGAAAGCGGCCAAAGAACUACACGACAAACUGCUGGAGAGUUCGAUGCGUAUGCCCAUGUCCUUUUUUGACACUACACCACUUGGUAGAAUUAUCAACCGCUUUUCAAAGGACGUGGACGUCAUGGAUAAUGUUUUACCUGCGACGAUUCGUGCGUGGUUAUACUUCUUCCUCAGCGUAAUCGGCGUAUUUGUUGUGAUAGGCAUUUCCACGCCCAUUUUCUUAGCCGUUGUACCUCCGUUAGCAGUAAUUUACUACUUUAUACAGAAAAUUUACAUUGCAACAUCACGACAACUGAAACGAUUGGAAUCGGUCACCAGAAGUCCCAUCUAUUCACACUUCGGUGAAAGCAUUAACGGUCAGUCCACCAUCCGCGCCUACAAUGAGCAAAACCGUUUCACCAAAGAAUCGGAGGAAAAAGUUGACUACAACCAAAAAGUGUCCUAUCCGACCAUUCUAGCAAAUCGUUGGCUCUCAGUUCGGCUGGAAAUUGUCGGCAGCUUAGUGGUGCUGUUUGCUGCAUUGUUCGCCGUCCUGGCGCGCGAAACGAUUGGACCAGCCACGGUUGGACUUUCGAUUUCCUACGCGCUACAGAUAUCCGCCACCUUGAGUUUCAUGGUCAGGAUGACUGCCGAGGUUGAAACGAACAUUGUGGCGGUUGAGCGGUUGGAAGAAUACACGCAGCUACCUCGGGAGGCGGAAUGGCAGAAAGGAUCAGUGAGCAAAGACUGGCCAUCCGAGGGUACCGUCGAGUUUAAGGAUUUGCAAAUGCGGUAUCGCGAAGGACUGGAUCUUGUCAUCAGAGGAAUUUCCCUGCACGUUAAUGGUGGUGAGAAGGUGGGCAUCGUUGGAAGAACAGGAGCUGGAAAAUCUAGCUUAACAUUAGGGUUGUUCAGAAUUGUGGAAGCUGCUGGAGGACAGAUCAUCAUCGACGGUGUUGAUAUUGCAAAAAUUGGUUUGCAUCAGGUACGUGGCCGACUGACGAUCAUUCCUCAAGACCCAGUAUUGUUCUCUGGCAGUCUACGGAUGAACAUAGAUCCCUUCGGAAGCUAUACAGACGAUCAAGUAUGGAAGGCGUUAGAGUUGUCACAUUUGAAAACGUUCGUGAAAGGCUUGCCGGCAGGAUUGGAACAUGAAAUUGCGGAAAACGGCGAAAACCUGUCCGUUGGUCAACGACAACUGGUUUGUUUAGCUCGGGCGGUCUUACGAAAAACGAAGGUACUAAUCCUGGACGAAGCCACUGCAGCUGUUGAUUUAGAGACAGAUGAUUUAAUUCAGAAAACUAUUCGAACGGAGUUCGCCGACUGUACAAUACUCACCAUUGCGCAUCGUUUGAACACCAUACUAGACUCAGAUCGGGUGUUAGUGCUAGACAAAGGUCUAGUAGCGGAAUGCGAUACACCGCAGAACUUGCUCGCCGAUAAGCAGUCAGUCUUCUACGGAAUGGCCAAAAACGCGGGCAUCGUUAGCUAGAGAUUUACUUUUUGGCAUAAAAGUAUUUUUAAGAUUCGUUACAGUUAAUAGAAUUUGUUGUGUGAAUGCUGCUCAUUUGUUAAGGGGUAAUAUCUACUAAUUUUCUUUUCGCCAUUUUUUUCAUUGGCCAAAAUCAUGCUAAAAAUAUCCUAGAAUCAAACUCUACAUCGCUCAAGUACAGAUCUAAACUCAAAGUUCGCUUAAAUCAAUUUUUACCGAACAACUUUUAUGCUCCAAAAUAACAUUUUUCUUUUUUUUUGGCGAUGCUCGUUUUUAUUUUUAUUUCUAGGCUUUGUAAACUUCUGCUACCUAUAAUCGAUAUCGUGUUUCAAAUUUCAAGUAUAGAGGUCGCUACAUCAAGUUUAGACCGUUACAGCGUCUCUACAGCACGAGUUUACUCACAAUUUCACUGGGUUUAGCCGAUAAGCCGUUCUCAUUAUGUACGUUCUCUGUUUGAGUUUUUCUAUACUUUUUAAUUGCGAGUCAUAUUCAAAAGUACUUAAAUAUGAGUGACAAGGUGUACAGUGGCCUCAAUAGCAACAAAAGAAAAAGUACCAGAACAACCCGGAGUGAAAUUAGUAAUCGACACCAUCCUAACCGCCAAGCGUUCAACAAUAUUCAAAUUUCGCGGUAGUUUCGCGGCACACUUUUUCUUCCGAAAAUACUGAAUAAAG